AUGGCGUUCUGGUCAAGAAUAUUUCCGUGCAUCAGACGCACUACUCGAGUUCAAGCAUUUGAGCCCGCCCGCACUCGUUAUGGUUUAAAGAAGUUGGCCAUCAUUGCUGUGGUAGCAGUUGUUAUUAUAAUAGUGCUAAGCGUGUCAAUCGCAGUCCCUUUGAGUGUAACAAGUGCAUUAAGUAGUGCAUCAUCUGGAACAAGAGGUGGCCCCACAAGUAACACAACAAUUAACGCAACAAGUGGUCCAACAAAUGUUUCAACAGGCAUAACAAGUGGUCCAACAGGUGGUGCAAGCAACGCAGCAAUAGUUUGCAAAGGAGGUUGGAUUGAGCGUGUUAAUAUGUCUACUUGGUAUUGCUUCARUCAUWCUGCCCAACKUACCUGGAACCAAGCAGUUGAAGCAUGCCGCCUUAUAGGUGGUCAUUUGGUGGAUAUCCGUACCGAAGAUGAAUGGUUGUUUGUUAAGGUUCACCUCAUCAAUGGUACUGCAGCACAUGACCAGUACUUCAUCGGCAUAAGUGAUAUUGCAAGCGAAGGCUCGUGGAAGUAUCUCGAUGGUACCGAUGCCACAUACGUGAAUUGGGCUAGCGGGGAACCAAACGGAGGUCGACGUGAAAACUGUGGAGCCAUGUAUUCUAAUUUUGAGUAUAAAGGUCGUUACAAUGAUAACAGUUGCACGUAUAAAGGACGUUACGUUUGUAAAAAAUGA